AUGGCUUCCCCCAAGAUCAUCUUCUACACUAACCCGACCUGCCCCUGGGCUCACCGCGGCUAUAUUGCGCUCAAGGAGCUCGGCCUGCCGUAUGAGGAGGUUGUGAUUGACCUGGACACCCCGCGGGAGCCGUGGUAUCUUGAAAUCAACCCGCGCGGCCUGGUCCCCGCCCUCUCGUACAACGGCAAUAUCAUCAUCGAAUCCGGCAUUGUGGCGCGCUUCCUAGCCGACGCCCACCCGUCACACCUGUUCCCGCCAUCCGGGCCCGUCGACAAUGCCCUGUACCGCGCGCGUGUCGAUUUCUUUGUCGAUACAUUCUUCAGCAAGGUCUUCAGCCACGUGUUUGCCGGAGUCCGCGCUGCCAGCGCUGAAGAGCGCGAGGAGGCUGCCGUUGCGCUGGUGGACAAUCUGGCCAAGGAGAUUGAGCCGCUGCUCGAGGAUGGGAAGGGGCCUUUCUUUGACGGUAGCGAGAAGCUGACGCUCGUCGAGGUCCUCACCGGCUCGUUCCUUGUGCGUCUCAACUCCUGGGCAAAGCCCGAGUAUGCCCUGAUCUCGACCAAAAUCCCUCAGCUGCUGGAAAAAGUGCCCAAGACAAAGCGCUGGAUCGAAGCGACUGCUCAGCAUGAGAGUGUCACUUCCAUCUACGAUGAGGACUUUGUGGCUACCCGCACCAAGAAGAGGUUUGCCAAGGCGUAG